AUAACUCAGAAAUUUUGUGUGAAAUUCCAUGAUAAGUUCAUAAUGAAUCCAAAUCACUCAAAAAACUCGUUAUUGAAAUUUUGCAUGAAUUCAGGCUGAUCUGUUGCUGCUGUCAACAUCAGAACCUCAUGGGCUCUGUUACGUCGAGACGGCGGAGCUGGACGGGGAGACGAAUUUGAAGACGAGGGUUGCCUUGGCAGAAACAGCAGAGAUGGGCGAUAAUCUCGAUGACAUCAGCAAGUUCCAGGGAGAAAUUGUGUGUGAAGCGCCAAAUAACAAUCUGAACCGAUUUCAAGGAAAGCUCAUCUGGCAAGGAAAAGAAUAUCCCAUCAUCAACGAGAACAUCUUGCUUCGUGGAUGCAUUCUGAAGAAUACGCGAUGGUGUUAUGGUUUGGUGAUCUUCGCUGGCAAGGACACGAAGUUGAUGAUGAACUCAGGAAAGACGAAAAUGAAGAGGACGAGCCUUGAUCGCUUUCUCAACAUUCUCAUUAUGGGGAAUUAG